AUGGAAUCGCAAGAGCAACAACCUCCUCUCGACUCGUUAAAUGUUGACGGCAGCGUCUCUCUUCUCAGCUCACCAAAUGCUUCCACCCCUGAACAACCCAACGACGAUGCCAUGGACUUAUUCCUCAACCAAGUAGCCGACUACAACUCACAACACUUGAAUCUUAACCACCAUGAUGCCAAUGCCGUGAUGGACCCGUCACAAGUGCUUCUACAUCACCAUCAGCAACAACAGCAACACCCCAAGAUCGAAUCAGCCGGUCAUUCUUUCGACAACCUAUGUCUUGAAAACCAACACUUGCUCAACGUCGACGGUACGUCGAAACCGGCCUUGGAGACCAGUAGCGACGGCGGCAGUAGCUCGGUUGCCACAACCACGACAACAACUCAACAGCAGCAGCAACAACAGCAACAACAGCAACAAAAGCCCAAAGGCAAAGGCAAAGACAACAACGGUGGUGGUGGUCUUCUCAAUGCUUUUGCCAAUCCAUUAUUACAUGCCAUUCCUGUCUUGGCUCGAAAUUGCCUCAACUUUGAAGAUUUUCUUGCUCAAGCUGCGCUUCAAGGACAAAAUGGUCUUUUGGGUCCAAAGAUGCAGAAAGCCGAUAAUUAUGCCGCACCUGACAAGCUGAUGCUGGAUCCAUCAAAAGAAUCAUUCUCUGGAAAAGUCGGGAGUCCCUGGCAUAUUCGGGUCCUUGGAUUACCAUCUUCAGGCGCCAAGUCGCGUGUAGAAACACAAAUCAAAGUGUGUAUUCAGCUUGUCAAUGCCAACAAUGAGCUCGCCACCGAGUUUUCACAUUUGCGAUUGCCUGAGCAUAUGGUUGCCAAGGAGAAGCUCAAGAGGAAGCACCAAAAAGGCGAUGAUCGAUCGGCAUUAGUAGAAUCCAAAGUACUGCGUUUGGAAGCAGCUGUGGUAUGCGAUAGUCAUCCGGACAAUGAGAUCAUCAUGUGCACCAGCUGUGUUCAUCGAGAGCGCAAACGAUUGAAGCGGAAAAGAGACAACAAAGUUGCACGUGCUGCCAACAAGGAAGGCAAUGCUGCCAAGCUCGCUGCUUUAUUCGCCAAUGACUUGCCCAACCUUGAAGACGAAGAAGUGAUGGCACAAGAACGACGCAAGAUCCUUUUGUUCAACUGCAGCGAAUACAUUGAAUUCAAUGAAGGCGAAGCAACUCUACCAACCCGUGUGACCUGUUACUGCCGGCAUCAUAGUGAGAAAACUGGUUUCAGAAUCGUCUUUACCGUCAAGGAUUCCCAGAACCAUGUUCUUGCUACAGGUCGAUCGCCACCCAUUAUGAUCACUGAUGACCAUAAGAGUUCCAAGGUACAAACAGCUGCUGCUGCUGUUGCCACUGCCAACAAUGCUGCUGCCGCUGCAAGGAAACGCACGCGUUCCGAAUUUGAUAUUCCAGAGGUGCCUUCGAGUGUUAAGAGGAAAGCACUUAAUGAUGGUGAAACCGAUUCUGGUGUAUCCAGCCCAAGCCCUAUCGUAUCGGCACCACCCACACCUACUUCACAAGCCGAUGAUGUUCCAUCAAGUCCAAAGAGAAGACAGCAGCAUAAUGGUAGUGUUGCCACAUCGUCUCCAUCCAACCACAGUGCCAGCGGUGCACAAAAUUUCCUCUCGCAUCAACCUUCGCAAUCAUCGUCUUUCAGCAACAACAUCCAACAGAUACCACAAGGCGAGUUGUUCGACUUUUUGCAUUCUGAAGAUAUCAACAUGGAUCAUCUCUUGCAAGCACCCCCUACUACUGUACCUGAAUCUUCACAUCAAGCAUCCAGCAGUAACAGCAGCAGCAGUAGUAGCAGCAACAAUGGUACACAACGACAUGUUCCAUUACAGGCACCAUUUAGCGCACCUUUAUACCGUAGUCGACGUACAAAUGGAGUGAAUGGCAUGGCAUGUAGUCAACAACAACAACAAUGGCAAGCUAGCAACUUGUAUGCACGUAUGCAGCAAAAGAAUGCCAUGAUGGAGCGUACCAAAUCAAGCAACUUGCCGAAAUUACAUCGAUUGAUUCCAUCGGAAGGACCAAUUUAUGGUGGUGCCGAAGUGACAGUGCUGGGCGCUAACUUUUACGAAGGAUUGACAUGCAUGUUUGGUGAAAACCCAGCUAUGCCAACUCAUUGCUGGAGUGCCAACACGUUGCUAUGUAUUCUACCCCCUGCUGCCAAUGCUGGUCCUGUUGUUGUAUCAUUCAAGGAACAUCCACUCAUGCUUGAAGGCCAAGAUGUUGUCCUGUUUACCUACUUUGAUGAAAGUGAUCGUGCCUUGAUGGAACUUGCUUUGCAAGUGGUGGGUCUCAAGACAAUGGGUCGUGUUGAAGAUGCUCGUCAAAUCGCUAUGCGUAUUGUACAAGGUGACCAUGGCAACAGUGGUAACAAGGAUAGCAACACCACCACCAGCAACAACAACAACAACACGAAUAGCAACAACAACAACAACACAAACCACCAGGAUGCAUUAGCAUUACAACAAACACCACGCGUUGGAUAUCGACAAAUGUUGACGACCAAAGCGGCUAUGGCAGUCUACGAGAAUGCUCGCGCACUAUGUAUCGGUGGUCGAUUAGAAGAGCAAGUGAUUGCAGCUUUGAUCUCUGCUAUGGAUUAUUACAAUGGCGAGUUGUCUUUGACCAACGGCAAUCAACACAGCCUCUUGCAUUUGGCAACCAUUUGUGGAUAUGAUCGACUUGUACGGGUGCUUGUCAAAUUGGGUUGUGAUGUUAAUCAGCCCGAUCACAAUGGCUUCACGGCGUUACAUUUUGCGAGCUGGACUGGCAAAGUCGAUAUUGUUCAAGCCUUGAUUGCUAAAGCCAACUUGCAAGCACGCAACAUCAUGGGCAAGACGGCUGAGAAAAUGGCCCUUGAUGCUGGUCAUGCUCAUGUGGUUGAAUUGUUUAAACGCAUGCCUCGCCGUACAACUAAAAAGAAUACUCGAAGGCGACGUUCCCAUCAGUUGAAUAAGGAUGGUGAUGAUGAUGAAACAGUGCGUAUACCACUCUCGGAGUUUAUUCCCUCUGAAGCUGUCGAGACCGCCCGUGCUGUGCUUCCAACUCGUCUCAACAAUAUGCUUUCCACUUUUUACACCUUCUCUAUUAACACAAGCUGCGUCAAGAACUUGGGUAAUGCUGUAGGCCAAGUCUAUAAUUUCAUGCUUGAUCCGUUUUAA